CGAGGGUGCGUGUGCAUGGUUUGGGGAACAAAAAUCGACAUCGUCUGAAACGGACGUGACUUUUCCCGCGGGGGCGGGUGCACUCCCAGCACCUGAGGCAUGCAGCCUACCCCGACCAGCCUUUUCCACGACGGUGCAGGGGCUGAAGCGUCCCCCGCGGAAGCUGCACCCCUUGCCCGGUCGGGGAAAAGGCUCGCCAGGGCGGGUUGGGGACCGACGCGGAUCCCCAGCCUGUUCCCGCAUUGGUUCCCGAAUUGGACGAGUGGGUCGGAACUAAAUGAAACGCGGGAGGCUCUUUUAACGCCUUCCUCCGACUACGAUGAUGAGGAGUUCCUGCGAUAUCUCUGGAAGGAGUAUUUGCAUCCCAAGGAAUAUGAAUGGGCGCUGAUCGCCGGCUACAUCGUCGUAUUCAUUGUGGCUCUCGUUGGGAACGUCUUGGUUUGCCUUGCAGUGUGGAAGAACCAUCACAUGCGCACCGUUACCAACUACUUCAUAGUGAAUCUCUCUCUGGCUGACAUCCUGGUCACAAUUACUUGUCUUCCAGCAACCUUAGUUGUGGACAUCACAGAAACGUGGUUCUUUGGGCAGACCCUCUGCAAAGUGAUUCCCUACUUACAGACAGUUUCAGUGUCUGUGUCUGUCCUAACACUCAGCUGCAUUGCUUUGGAUCGAUGGUAUGCAAUUUGUCACCCUUUGAUGUUUAAAAGCACAGCCAAGCGAGCAAGGAACAGCAUUAUAAUUAUCUGGAUUGUGUCCUGCAUCAUAAUGAUUCCUCAGGCUAUUGUUAUGGAGUGCAGCAGUGUUUUCCCAGGAUUAGCCAAUAAAACCACCUUGUUCACAGUGUGUGAUGAGCAAUGGGGAGCUGAGGUGUACCCCAAAAUGUAUCACACAUGCUUUUUUCUGGUGACAUACAUGGCACCACUGUGUCUUAUGGUGUUGGCCUAUUUGCAAAUAUUCCGGAAGCUGUGGUGUCGCCAGAUCCCAGGAACUUCUUCUGUUGUUCAGAAGAAAUGGAAACCGCAGCAGCCUUCAGCACAGCCCCGAGGGCUGGGACAAUCAACAAAGUCAAAGAUUAGUGCUGUGGCAGCUGAAAUAAAACAGAUUCGUGCAAGAAGGAAAACAGCACGUAUGCUAAUGGUCGUCCUUCUGGUUUUUGCACUUUGCUACCUACCAAUUAGCAUCCUUAAUGUCUUGAAAAGGGUAUUGGGGAUGUUUAAUCAUGCUGAUGACAGAGAAACUGUAUAUGCCUGGUUCACAUUCUCACACUGGCUUGUAUACGCAAACAGUGCUGCCAAUCCUAUUAUUUAUAACUUCCUCAGUGGGAAAUUUAGAGAAGAAUUUAAAGCAGCAUUUUCCUGUUGCAUCUUUGGCAUUCGCAGCCACCAUGACGAACGGUUCAACAGAGGUCGUGCCAGUACAGAGAGUCGGAAAUCCUUGACCACCCAGAUCAGCAAUUUUGAUAACGUUUCAAAACUUUCAGAACACGUUGUAUUGACCAACAUAAACACAAUUCCAUCAAAUGAUAUCCCAGCUAUGCUCAGCCCAUUGAAGUCAGCAGAGCUGCAUCUCCACAUACCUGGGAUGAACGUGACUUCAAACAUAGAUGAAGCCAUGAGGGUUUCUGCAGAAGACGCUGUCAAAGCAGAGAAUGCAGAGUGGGAUAAAUUUGUCCCUAGCAUAACUAAACUCACUUCGAUGGAGUUACAGCAAGGAUGACUUUGGCUCGAUACCCUACAACUGCCACAGAGUGUCACAUGCUUUUAGCUGUGGUACAGACUACAACUGGACAAAGGGGUUCCUUCAAAAUAACUGCCUAUCCUCUUUUUUCUCAGUCUUACAGAAACCUACUUACCUCAGUAUGAGCUAAAGAACAUGUCUUUACAAUUCUUUUUAAGGAUUGGAUUGUAUCAUACUUUGUAAAUAUUGUAGAUAUUUAUUUUUAUAUAUUUUAGAUGCUGUGAAAUGUUCUAAAAUGUAUCAUAUAAAGAAAUCUAAGUAUUUGAAAGAAAGCUCAAACACCAUUUAUUUAUAUCCUCUUUCUAUAAAUGAUUGAUUCAUGUACAAAGAAUGCUUACUUAUGCACUAGUGAUAUUCUGGCAUUACUUUGCACUUCUUUUUCUGCAAAUCCACUUGUAGUAAGUUCUAUGUUUCUUAUGGAACUUUCACUUCAGCUUUGGGGAGAGUCUACAUUACUUUUCUAAGUAUAGAUCGCUUCUAAGAUGUGAAUCCAAAGUGCUGAAAGUCACAUAUUUUCAUAAGAUUACACUUAAACAGCCUUUUAUUUUUUUCAGAUUUGAGUGCCUAAAAAGUAACCAUUUAAAUGAAACUUAUGUGAUGCUCAAAGGUGCUAUAGGCUCAAAUUUUCUGCUCAGGCCAAUAGGAAUAACAAGUGUCAGCACCUCGGAAGGACUGGAUAUUUUAACUUUGGUAGCUCAUUUUAGUCCGUGAUGUGUACGUGUUGCUCCAGAAGAUCUCUGAAAAUCUUUAACGUAGGGAACAUUAAUUGUCUUUCAUUUUCAUGACUUCCCUCUCAACUGCCAUUUAUAAGUAAAAGAUACAAUCAAUUAUAGAUCUAUACAGCUAUUUAUGGCAUAAUCUCUCUGGCCUGGAGCUUCCUACUAUGUAUUGUAUUUUUCUCCUUAAAGGAUGAACAUGGUGCAUCAGUGGAGACUUAGUCUUCUAGAAGAAUGUGGUCUAUUGGUUAGAAAAAGGCUAAUUAUGAGAACCUGAGAUACAAUUUCCCUGUGGCACUAUUCUUGCAUUUCAGUCCAGAUUUUUCAAAAGAAUAGGUAAGAUGAGAGGUGAGAGGGAGGACUUUUCUAUUAAAAAUUAUUUGGCAUAGGAAGAAGACAGUCUCAUGUAUUCAAAUGUUUCUAUAAAACCAAUUAUUAAUUGACCAGAUGUUAUUUGAUUACCUUUUGUAAAUAUUUUUCUAGGUUUUUCUUUGACCUAAUGUCAUGCAAUGGAUUAUCUAUCAUAGCAACUAUAGUUUUAUGAAGUGCUCAAUCACUUUAUGCUUUAGCCUUCCCCAACAGCUGUUUUACUUGACAUUGUUGCAAUUCCUCCUAGUUCUCAUUGCUGUUAAGUGAGAGAAAGGGAUUUGCAUUCAUUUGGAUAUUAAAGUUUUCUAUUUAAAGCGGAAAAGGAGAAUACUCUUUUUUAAUUAAAAAAAAGUAAAGAAAAAUAUCUAAAUGGACAGAAUGUUUAAAUAUCAAAUAAAAUAAUAGGAUUUUCAAUAUUCGUGUG